CGUUCAGCGGAUGCUUUGUGGUUGACAUACUUCCCACCAAAAGCAGAGUUUACUUUAAAAGGGCCCAGCCAUGGUCAAUCCUACACUGAGUACAUUCAAAGCACCCAACGUGACUAGACCUGUGCGCAAUGUCGGUAAGAGCAACAACAGUAACCCUGAACAAUGGAUUCCAGAUGCCAGUGCUGGGUCUAGGAACCUAUGGUCUACGCGGAAGCAACGGCGUCGAGGCAGUUAAGGCGGCCAUCGACGCCGGAUACCGUCAUAUCGAUACAGCGUCCGCGUACGAGAAUGAGGCUGAAGUCGGUCAGGCGAUUCGUGAGAAGAUACUGGAUGGGACGAUUAAACGGGAGGACAUCUUCGUGACCACCAAGCUUUGGAACACCUCUCACGAGCCUCCUCAGGUUCUGCCGGCGUUCGAAAAAUCGUUGGCCAACCUGCAGCUGGAUUACAUCGAUCUUUACCUAAUGCAUACACCGAUUGGUGCCAACGCGAGUGCAGAUGGUGAGGACGAGAUUUUAAACGAAGUAGAUUACGUGGCCACAUGGAAAGCAAUGGAGCAUCUGCUGAAAACGGGCCACGUUCGUAGUCUCGGUGUGUCCAACUUUAACAGUGAACAACUAACACGAGUCAUUGAGCACGGCUCGACCAAGCCGGUCGUUAACCAGGUCGAGUGCCAUGUACGCCUGAACCAGAAGAAACUGAUCAAGUUUUGUAAGGAUCGGGACAUUGUCAUUACCGCGUACAGUCCACUGUAUCGGCCGGGCCGUAUGCUACGACCAAGUGAGGACCCCCUGGAACCCAAACACCCGUUCGACGAUACGAGGGUAAAGGAGAUCGCACAGCGGUACGGGAAAUCACCGGCUCAGGUACUGCUACGCUACCUGAUCGAUAUCGGAACGGUUCCGAUCCCGAAAUCGGGUAACCCGGAACGGAUCCGGCAGAAUUUGAACGUUUUCGAUUUUGCCCUUACACCGGAAGAGGUUGUCACGCUGGACGGGUUGCAGACGGGUGAGCGGUUAGUGCGGUUCGAAUCGGACAUCGCGCAUCGCCACUAUCCGUUCAGUGCUGAGUUUUAACGGGUAGAGCUGGGAUGAGGAGGGCAAAGCAAUGACACCUUUACACGCUGCUAGGGAGUGAAAUGGCGGAAAAGAACUAUAAACUAUGCGUUGAUAAUGGCGGUCCAUGUGAUAAGAGUUCGAGUGGCUGAUACGAACCCGAUUUGUGGUUGCAUGAGGCGCCAUCCGGUUUAUCGCGGUCUGUUCACCACACAUAUAUGCUUUCGGCAUAUGCAGUGUGAAGCAGAUAACAUGAAAUUUCUUCCACUUGAUUAAAAU